AUGUCCUGGAGCACCUUUGCACCCUGGCAAACGCAGGACCAGAAUGAGGACGAAAAGCCAACGCCCAGUCAAUCUUCAGACGUCAAUGAAUCCGACAUAGUCUCCCCGCUCAUUUCCUCCUGUGGCCAGCUACUCUACAAAACUGCAUCUGCAGUACUGCCAUCUUUCAACUUUUUUGGAAGUAAACCGGAGCAGCAGCGGGACGAGCCAUGGCAGCUACACCAUCAUGAAAAUAUAGUGGAGCAGUGUGGUGCCGAUGAAAAUGACCACGCACCAGUUCAUAACGAUGACCUCUUACUAACAGAGUCGCUGGACUCUGCUUUAUCACAAGAACCGCAGCUACCAGAGCUGCAUCAUUGCGACUUUGCCUAUGAUGUCAUGGCCGGUGCGCCUGGAAAGGAGCAGCUCCGUCGACGCAUGUUGCUUAGCUUCCACGCAGAUACCAACGUUAUGUCGAAAGACGCACACCAGAGACUUGGAACGAACAUCAUGCCUUAUCGCGGGGCUCCUGUCCCAGUUUUGGGACUUCAAGAUAGCAUACCAGUUGGAAUUGCAGAAGUUCAGUGGUCUUUCUGUGGGCGCAGCAAGCCUUACCGGACAGCGUUCUACGUUGUAGAAGAUGUUGAAUAUGAUCUUCUCAUCGGAAGACCUUCGAUGCGGCAGCAGGAGCUGUACCGAGUGGAUCCCGCCAUUGCGAAGAGGCUUCGUGAAUCGUAUCAAUGUCAGUAG